GCAGACUCGAGGAGGGCGCGAACGUCUCGGUCAGAAAAGCGAGACACCACGGGACUAAACGGAACGAAACGGUGUUGCUAAAUAUACUACGCGGAGGCACGCGAUUCUCUUUACGGCUGGGGACUACAGGAUGGUCGUCGACAUCCGAAAGCACAUACAUCGUCCUCGGUAGUGAUAUUUUGUUGUCGUUUGCUGCGUUUGGUAGGUCCUUCCGUAACGGAGAAUCGCACACGUAGUGAACGAUAGUCGUGACGUAUCAAACAUAUUGAGUCAGCAACCGGUCUCCAAGCGAAUCUCUUGAGAUGAAUAUCCAGAAGCCUGAGGGUCUUUUGGGGGUAUUACCGAUCGAACUUGCGUCCUCGCCGAGUUCGCGGCAACUCAUUAUAAAUCAAGACCAACAGGAUGAAGAGGCGUCGGAUUGUCCACUAUUAACUCCUAGUCCACCGGCCACGCAACCGAACAAUGCUUUGGAAGACGACAAGAUCUUCGUUUCCGCGGAAGGAAAUCCCGUGGAAUCGAUUCAGCCGCCGACGCUCGAAAACAUUAAUAAAGAGGACGGGCUUAACGAGUUCAUGAAUAUAGUGAACAGCUCGAGCAGAACGCUGAACGAUGAACCAAGCUCGCGGGAUCCGAUGGUGGAAUCGACGACCAGCGGAAGCAGCAGUGACACAAACGGGCCCGUUUGUGCACAGCUCUUGACACAGCUGAACACAGCCUAUCAGCAUCUGGCGCCCGAUGCCCAAGCUCUGUUUUACAAUCAGGAGAAUGGAGGGAAGCCACCUUUAGUCGGGAUACAGCUAGUGGUACCGAAACCAUCGAAGGAUUAUCGCUUCAUGAAAUGGAACUGGCCGCUCAUACGGAAGACUUGUUUCUGGUCUUUGAUGUCGGUGCUCGCCGGGUGCGUAGCACUCGUCAUCGGUGUAAUCGCCACGAUGCCAAGAAAGUGUGAUCCCCCAGUGCAAUGGUGGCAGGGCAGCGUGUUCUACGAGAUAUUCCCCGCAUCGUUCCAGGAUUCCUCGAAGAGUGGCGACGGGAUCGGCGAUCUUCGCGGCAUCACGAUGCGUCUGGACUACUUGAAAAAGCUGGGCGUGCGCGGGAUCCGCUUGAACUCGAUCUUCCCGGCGGCUCACUAUCCCGAGUAUUACGCGAACAUCGAGAACCUGACAGACGUGAACAGAGAAUUGGGAACGUUGGACGACUUCGCCGCGCUCGUGCGCGAGACUCACCGUCGAAACAUGAGCUUGAUUCUCGAUCUGCCCCUGUACCCGUUCGUAAAGAGCCUGCACAACGAGACAACCGUGCCCUCGGAGAAGCCGAAUAAAACGGACAAAGCAGUGCGCGAGAGAAGAGACGUUACCGAGGCGGCCGCGACUCUGCAGGAGUCAGUGUCGACGACGUCCUCCAUGUCGCUUCAGGCGAUUCGCGAGGCGCUGUCCUCGAUACCGCCUCCUCUGGACAAUUCGCAGCACGAAGCCUUCACCUCGAGUCAGGUCAACGACCACGUGUCUGAGAACCCCGUGACGACGGCCAUCAAAAUUUGGUUGCAAAGGGGAGUGGACGGCUUCUACCUGAAGGGGCUGGAGCAUUACGCGAACGAGAAACUCUUCGCCGGCAUUCUGAAACACUGGAAGUCGAUUCUCGGCUCCGAGAGGAUACUCAUUUGCCACGUGGACGCUCUGAACGCUGCGAAAUCGGCCGCGGCGAGGAACUCCGUUCUGAUGAGGAUGGACCUUGUGGACGUCACGUUGCGCGUGACGAACGGCACGAAGGACAUCAAAAGGCAGAUCGAGGACGUCACGGGCAGCGUGCUGUUCGAGAAACCGGGUUACCCGUGGGUACAUUGGUCGAUCGGCGGCGUGGACUCGAAGAGGAUAGCUUCCACCAUUAGCGUGAAGAACGCCACCAUUGCCGCGACAAUGUUGGGGAUGAUGCUUCCAGGAACGCCGAAUAUAUUCUACGGAGACGAGAUAGGUAUUCUGGACUGCGAAUGCGAGGAUCACAAAGAUCUUGCUCACGUGCACAACUUGGCGCCGAUGUAUUGGGAGGAGAUCGACGGCUCCGACUUUAAAUUUUCGUCCAUCGGUGUUACGGCUUGGCUGCCGGAAUCUGCGAAACCGUUGGAGUCGAGCUUGAUCGGGACGAUCGCCGAGAUGGCUGCUCUCAGAUCGGAAACGACACCUAUCUACGUGAAAGCGGUGCUAAAAGAGAAUCAGGUGCUGGCGAACUGUGAUAUUAGGUAUGCAGACGACGAGAUGAUUGUAAUAGAAAGAUGGUAUCCACGACGGAAUUCUUACGUCUUCUUAGCGAAUUUAGGCAAUCAGACGCAAACGAAGGAUCUAUCCUUCCUCUAUUACGGCGGUUACGUCAUAGUCGGUCCAUCGUACAGAUUAAACAAAGACGUGUACUUCAAGGAACUUAUCAUACCUCCGGGAGAGGCUUUCGUUAUAAAACUCGAUAAAUGAAGAUCUGUUAUGAAAUUGAAAAAUCUACGCGACAUUCAUUUUAUAUAUAUGUUGUGUGUAUGUAUGUGUGUGUGUAUAUAU